AUGGCACCUUGGUUCAAGUAUUCCGGAUUGGAAUACAAGACCGUCGAAGACAAAGAAUUCGACAAUGAGAGCACCGACGAGGAGAUCCUCACCCCAAAGAAACGAAAAACCUUCAGCCUCAGGACCCUUCUGGCAUUCGUAGGCGGACUCGCUUUCGGAGUCGUCCUGCCAAUGGCCUUCAAAUCCUCCAUGUUCCCCAAGAAGCAUCCUGUUGCUUCAAGGGACGGCUACUAUGCCACCAAGGUCGUCAACGGCGAACUCAUCGAAGGCACGCAAUGCGGUGAUUCGUGGCAAGAAGCAAAGGCUCUGGGUUGCAUCUACGAUAAGAUGGCUUCACGGUGGUACGCUCCGGAAUGCUUCGACAAGGAAUCGUUUGAUGCGAUGAUGAUGGAGCCGGGAACCAACUUCACUUGGUUUUCGGACUUUGAACAUACGAUCGAAGUUCCAGCUGAGAUUGCUCAACAUGGGGAGUUCGAACUCCUUUAUCCUCUCUAUAAUUUCCAUAAGAUCCACUGUCUGUAUCUUUGGAGAAAGAUGCACCACUCUCUACUUAACAAUCUGCCUCUGGAUGAUGAUUUGAUGGAAGAGGACCACACUGUCCACUGCACAAAGAACUUGCUUACUUGGGCUGAUCCCACUGUUUCGGAAGUGGCCUCGAUUGCUCAUGCUGGAAGACCCUUCUGUCGCCGCAAUCCUCUUGGCGUCAUGCCAUUGGAAUUGGUGUGA